UGGGCUCGUACCCUAUUCCCCUAACCCCGCCUGCUCUUUACCUACCGGAGCUAUCUGGUCUGGUGGGCUAGCUGGGAGACGCGCGCACGCGCUUAGGACGCGGAGCUGAGCUCGACCCACUGAGGUGGGGAGUAAGAAGCAUCUGAGGAGGCGAUAGCGGAGGAGGCGGUGUUGCUAUGGAAAUAUAUGACCACGUAGAAGGAAGUUCAUUCUGAUUAUUCUAAUGCCUGAGAUGUAAAUAUACUGAAGAGUGGAACCGAGAAAUUUAGUGCCAACUUCAUUAAAAUGGCCACUGAUUCUGGGGAGCCAGCCAGCACAGAAGAUUCUGAGAAACCUGAUGGAGUUUCCUUUGAAAACAAAGUUCCCCAGGUUGCUACAACUUGGCAGUAGAAGGUAGAUUAAAGACAAAAGCAGUAUCAUCUCUGCUUCUGGGGAAACCAUAGAAAGAAAGAGAUUUUUCCGAAAGAGUGUUGAGAUGACUGAAGAUGAAAAAGUUCCUGAAUCUUCCCCCAAGAUGAGAGAAUAAAGGCUUCAACAAAUAUUCCAAGAGUUGACAAACUUCCUACAAAUGUACUAAGAGGUGGACAAGAAGUGAAAUAUGAACAGUGUUCAAAGGCAAACUCAGAAUCCUCAAAAGAUUGCUUGAAGGAGAAAAGUGAAAAGGAAAUGGAAGAAGAAGCAGAAAUGAAGGGCUGUGGCGACUUCUCCUAGUGGCAGGUUCCUGAAAUUUGACAUAGAACUGGGGAAGAGGAGCAUUUAAAACAGUGUAUAAAGGACUGGACACUGAACUUGGGUUGAAGUUGCUUGGUGUGAGCUGCAGGACCGGAAGUUAACCAAAGCUGAGCAACAAAGGUUUAAGGAAGAAGCAGAGAUGCUGAAAGGUCUACAACAUCCAAAUAUAGUUCGAUUUUAUGAUUCCUGGGAAUCAAUAUUGAAAGGAAAGAAAUGUAUUGUUUUAGUGACUGAACUAAUGACAUCAGGAACCUUAAAGACGUACUUAAAACGAUUUAAAGUCAUGAAACCAAAGGUCUUAAGGAGCUGGUGCAGACAAAUUUUAAAGGGGCUGCAGUUCUUGCACACGAGGACUCCUCCUAUUAUCCAUCGAGAUCUGAAGUGUGACAACAUUUUCAUCACAGGACCCACUGGAUCUGUGAAGAUCGGUGAUCUCGGAUUGGCCACCCUAAUGCGUACAUCAUUUGCUAAAAGUGUCAUUGGAACUCCAGAGUUUAUGGCUCCAGAGAUGUAUGAAGAACACUACGAUGAAUCUGUAGAUGUCUAUGCUUUUGGCAUGUGCAUGCUGGAAAUGGCUACUUCAGAGUACCCUUACUCUGAGUGCCAGAAUGCAGCUCAAAUAUAUCGUAAAGUAACCAGUGGUAUAAAACCAGCCAGCUUCAACAAAGUCACUGAUCCUGAAGUGAAAGAAAUAAUUGAAGGAUGUAUUCGUCAAAACAAAUCUGAAAGGUUAUCUAUCAGGGAUCUUUUAAACCAUGCAUUUUUUGCUGAAGACACAGGACUGAGGGUGGAGUUAGCAGAGGAAGAUGAUUGCUCCAAUUCAUCUCUAGCUCUAAGACUAUGGGUUGAAGAUCCUAAGAAAUUGAAAGGAAAACACAAAGAUAAUGAAGCUAUUGAAUUCAGCUUCAAUUUGGAAACAGAUACACCUGAGGAAGUAGCGUAUGAGAUGGUCAAGUCUGGAUUCUUCCAUGAAAGUGAUUCCAAAGCUGUGGCUAAAUCUAUUAGAGACCGGGUGACCCUGAUUAAAAAGACAAGAGAGAAGAAGCCUGUUGGCUGUUCCGAAGAACGCCGGGAGUCCCAGUGCAAGCCUACAGGGAAUGUACUCCCUCAGCACCAGACUGCAACUUUGCCCCCUGCUCCUGUUCACCACACUGGGGCUGAAAGUGAAGAAACAGAAGUUGAUCAACAUGUUCGACAGCAACUUCUGCAGAGAAAUCCACAGCAGCCCUGCUUCUCUGUUAGAGGUGACAAUUUGUCUGACACAGGAGCUGGAUCAGUUAUACCUUCAGAAACUUCAAGCCAGCCCAGUAUAGCCUAUCCAUCAAACCAAUCAAUUGGCACCAAACUGGUUUCUAACAUCCCACAGGCUGAUGUAAAUGUUCCAGGACGAAUUUAUCAAUCUAAGCAACUAGUAGGACAUUGCCAGCAAAUUUCAGGGUUGCAGACGCAGCCAAACCUGACUCAGCCCCAGAUUUUACCUGUGGUUCAAGGUCAGUCUUCUGUUUUGCCGGUACAUGUUGGACCUACAGUUGUUUCACAGCCCCAAGUUUCUCCAUUAUCUACCCAAAAGGUCUCACAGCCUAUAUCUCAACCAAUUGGAGCUGAGCAAGUAGCUAUUCAAAAACCAGAUGUAAUUCGAAGUUCAAAUCAAGAUGUGGCAGCUAUGAAGGAAAAUGUAAAUAACACUGAUAACUCAAGUGGAAAUGGCAAACAGGAUCGGAUCAAACAGAGAAGAGCUUCUUGUCCACGACCAGAAAAGGGGACUAAAUUUCAGCUUAUUUUCCUCCAGGUGUCAACAUCUGGAGACAAUAUGGUGGAAUGUCAGUUAGAGACACACAACAGCAAAAUGGUUACCUUCAAGUUUGACGUUGAUGGUGAUGCACCAGAGGAUAUUGCAGACUAUAUGGUUGAAGAUAACUUUGUGCUGGAAAAUGAGAAAGAGAAAUUCGUAGAAGAAUUGAGGGUUAUCGUAGGUCAAGCUCAAGAGAUCCUUCAUGUCCAUUCUGCUGCAGAAAAAGUCACUGGUGUUGACUCUGUUACCUUGGAAUCCAAUAACAACCAAACAGGAUCAUCUGAACAAGUACAGAUAAAUUCUGCAUCCACUCAAACCAGCAAUGAAGCUGCUCCUCAAUCAUCCCCAGUUGGUCGAUGGCGAUUCUGUAUCAACCAAACAAUAAGAAACCGUGAGGCUCAGUCUCCUCCUUCUCUCCAGCCUUCUGUGGCUAUGGUUCCUGGGCUACAUCCACUUCCUAGUUCAAGAAACACAAGUAACAAGGAAAUAUCAAAGGACACACUCUUCUCUAUAGAAAGUAAUUCAUGCCAACAUGCAAUUUUCACCUCCAAUGUAGAUCACAAGGAUGUGGUUGAUGGUAAGAUUUCUGAAUGCGCUAGUGUCGAAACUCAAGAGCCAUCUAUGCUUUAUCCAGUGGAAGAUAACAGGCAGAUAAUGGCUCCAGUUCCUAGUAGUCCCAAUUAUUCUGCUACUUCGGCAUGCACAGUUCCACUUGAAUGUAAGGGACUUGUCAGCCAAGCAGGCAUGUUCAUACCUGUGUAUCCAUGUCACCAAACUGCCAACCAGCCUGAUAUGCUUAUGUCUCAUCCUGGUGAAUCAACUCCGGUUGCUGGUAAUACUCUUCCGACUUUGGCAUUUGUGUCUGAUCGAACUCUGCAGUCCUUAUCAGUACAGAAGUCAACUAUGGAUGCAGAGUUUAUUUCCCAAGAAGGAGACACAACAGUGAACAUUGAUAAAAGUUCUCCUAAGGCAGUCAUUCCCACUCAGACCCCUGGUCUUGAACCGACUACUCUACCCACUGCUGUCCUGGAAUCAGAUGGGGAAAGACCUCCAAAAAUGGAGUUUUCAGACAACCGAAUCAAAACACUGGAUGAAAAAUUAAGAAACUUGCUCUAUCAGGAGCACAGCAUCUCUAGUAUCUAUCCAGAGAGUCAGAAGGAUACCCAAAGCAUAGACUCUCCAUUUUCUUCCUCUGCUGAAGAUACACUGUCCUGUCCGAUGCCAGAAGUCAUAGCUAUCAGCCACUGUGGAAUUCAAGAUAGCCCUGCACAAUCCCCUGUCUUGCAACAGACAGGCCCUAAGAUUCUGUCCAAUGCAGCUGCAAGUCAGCCUGCUAACAUGUCAGUGUUCAAAAGGGACCUGAAUGUGAUUACUUCUGUACCAGGUGAAUUGUGUUUACAUGAGAUGUCCCCAGAUGCUUCACUUCCAGGGGAUCCUGAGGCCUAUCCUGCUGCUGUGUCAAGCGAUGGAGCCAUUCAUCUGCAGACAGGAGUGGAAACAGAAGAUUUAAGAUCAACAAUUGCUCCUGAUUCCAUUCCUCUGACACAAGAGUCCACAGCUGAUACUAGGGCUCUGAGUAGAUGUAAAGUGAUGAGUGGAUCAUUUCAACGGGGUCGGUUCCAGGUGAUUACAGUUCCUCAGCAGCAACCAGUAAAAGUGACAUCUUUUGGAAUGGAGCACAGAUCAGCAUUAAAGGAAAUGACAAGCCAAUCUAGUGAAGAAGCUCUAGUCUUUACUAAAGCUGCAAAGGCUCAUUUAGUAGAAGUGGAACCUGCUAUGCACAAUCCUCAAACUUUACUUUCUUCUCAGAGGUUACGAACACUUCAUGAAACUUUUAAAGAUAAAGGAGUUCCCAAGCAAGGUGACAGCUUGUUAUCUUUCAGCACAGCUUGUGAGACCAAUGUAUCUACAAAGACGCCUGCAAAGGAACUGCAAGAAACAUUAGCCACAGGAAGCAGCCUACAGUCUGAAUCUGAACUUUUUCAUAUAGAAAAAGAGGUUCUGACUACUGGGAAACAGUGUCAUUCUAAUAGUGAACUUUUAUCCAGUCUUGGUGGUAAUGGAAAAUCAGUGGCAAAAACCAGUUCAGAGAGUGGUCAGUGUUUACCACUCCAUGAAGACCAAACUUAUGCUCAAACACAGAGUUCCCUAUUCUAUUCUCCAUCCUCCCCAAUGAGCAGUGAUGAUGAGUCAGAAAUUGAGGAUGAGGACUUGAAAGUGGAGCUUCAAAAAUUACGAGAAAAACAUAUUCAGGAAGUGGUAAAUCUGCAAACACAGCAGAAUAAAGAGCUGCAGGAGCUCUAUGAACGCCUGCGAUCCAUUAAAGAUAGUAAAGCCCAGUCUUCAGAGAUUCCUUUGACACCUACAUCACCACGUCGACCAAGAUCUUUCAAAAGUAAACUUCGCAGCCGUCCCCAGUCUUUGACACAUAUGGAGAGUAGCACAGUUGCAAAAGAUUUACUCUGUACGGAGGGUAAUACUGCAUCAUGCCAGCAAUCUCCAGCUAGUAAAAAAGGAAUGUUCACAGAUGACUUACAUAAACUGGUGGAUGACUGGACAAAGGAAACAGUAGGAAAUUUUCCUAUUAAGCCAAGUUUAAACCAACUUAAGCAGAGUCAACAAAAACUAGAAACAGAAAACUGGAACAAGGGAUGUGAAACUACUCCAUCUACUAUGGGCUACACACCAACAUGGAUUUCUUCUCUUUCCCAAAUCCGUGGAACAGUCCCAACUUCUUUGCCACAAGGACUUCCACUCCCCUCAUUUCCUGGGCCAUUGUCAUCUUAUGGAAUGUCCCAUGUUUGUCAGUAUAAUACUGUAGGAGGCACAGGGUAUCCUUUACAGUGGGUAGGAAUCACAGGAACAACACAGCAGUCUGUAGUGAUUCCUACCCAACCUGCGGGACCAUUCCAGCCAGGGAUGACUUUGCAGGCAUUUCCAACUCCACCAGCACAGAAUCCAUCUACUAUCCCUUCUACAAUCCCUCCUGGUCCUAAAUGAACCAGAGUAGAGAUGAUGAAGAAAAGGGAGAUUUUUUUUUUCAGAAUUAUUUUCAGGAUACCUAAGAUAUUAAAAACUUCUCUUUUUCUUGGGUUCUGCCAUGUUUUCCCUCAUUUGAGUUUACUUUCAAAUGUAAGUGUUUUGUUGUUCCAGUGUGAUAUGGCUUAUCAUUCUGUAGAAAUGUGCAGUUUGCACUAGAACACUGCACAGAGAAAUGUUUUUUCACUUCAAAUCCUAUCCUCUUUGAUACUUGAUGUUUUAAAAAUACUCUUCAGAAUGCUUUAAUAAGCUCGGCUUGAGCAUCACCAUUUCCAGAACACUUUCCAUGCAUUGCUGAGAAACCCUCUUUUUUUUUUUUGCUAUAGCUGUUAUCUGCAGCUGGAUGAUACUUUUCUUUAAAAUGUAUAAAGUUGAUUUCCAUUUACUCUCCCCAAAUGUGGACAAAGUGAGAUCCUCCAGUAGCCAGUGUCUUGUUGGGAUUCUUCACAUUUAUCUUACAGGUUUACCUUUCACAGGAGGCAGGGUAACACUGUAGGAAAUGGUUUGUCAACCAAUACAGAACAUGAGUCCUUUUUAAUGUGAUUUUUCUUCCCAUCGUCACAGCAGUAGGAGUGAAGCCUUGUUUUGAGUGAGGCAGAGGGAACGUAAAAAUGAGAACUGUAACAGUUUCUUGAUUCUACAGAUACUAUAGCUGCUUUAGGAUUUCAGUAAUAAUUCAAAGCAGCUCUCUCUGCUUCUUGUGUGCAUACUACAUUGCUUUUGAGCACUCGAAAGGCAUCGAUUUGGCUUGCAUUCUUUUGCAAAGGAUAUUUUGCAGCCAAUAAGAAUCUCAUUUGAGGGAAAAUCUUUAUAUUCCUAACAAAGGAGAUUGAAGUUAACACUUUUAUUGAUCUAUUCUUCUGAAAGGAAAUGAACUUAACACAGUAGAGUUUUUUUGGUAGGUUUUGAGACUUACACAUGAAACACUGGCUUUACAGGGUCCUAAGAGAUGUGGGGUAUACACUGUCCUGCAGAGAGUGAGUAGAACCUAGCAGAACACUAUUUAAGUUGCCCUUAGCAUUUUUGGAUUACCAUUUUAUGGUUUUUAAAAUUUCUUAUUAGUGAUCUAGAGCAUCUUAGCUGAUUUUUAGAUCUUAGAUAGGUUUGGCAGCCUCUUUAGACUAUGAGAGAGAUCACUGUCAAGUUGCACUUUACUGGGUUUUAUCCAGUUUUAGGAGGAAGGGAGGCAAUGUCACCUUUGGUUUUUAAGAAAGUUAUAAUAAAGUUAAAUAUACUAAAGACUGGUCACGGAGUUUCCUAGUGCUCGGUCUGUGAAACACAAAUAGAAUUUUUUAAAGCGGAUCUAACUACUAAGUCUACAUAUUCAAACUACUUACCUUCCACUGAAGAUUUCAAAGUCAUUUCUGGUCCACAUUUACCUAAUUAGGAGUUUUAUCUAUUGGUGAGCAUUCCAAAUUGUCACUUACCAUUUCUGUUAAUGAAAUGGAUUUUUUCUUCUGUAUUCCUCUAAAAACUAACUGUACAUCCAUGGGCUUGCCAAGUAAUAAGGAAAACUUAUUAUGUAUACUUCUUUUUGGGAUUUUUUGCACAAUAUUCUUUAUAACAUUCAGUUUUCUUUUUUUAAAUAUGUCUUUUAUUCCUUACCUAAAGAUCACACCCACCAUUCCAGUUUCCUCACAACUGAGAGCAUCAAGGACAGCAUUUUGAGAAUUGCUGUUGCUAAGAGCCACAGUUGUUUGGGUUUUUUUUUUGUUGUUGUUGUUGUUGUUCUUUUUUAAUAAACUAUCUUCAGUUUCCAAAACUUAUACAGAGUUUUCUCCCAUUUCUCUGAUGGGAUUGAUUUAUUUGCAAGGUGAAGUGAUUUUAGGACAGUCAUGCAAAUCCUUCCACUGCCAUGUUUCCCUUGUGUCCAAAAACAAUCCUCCUGCAAUCCAUAACUUGCAAAGAAAAAAAUCUGUUCGUAUUUUUUUAGAGGAGUUGAUUUUGCAUAAUUACAUUGAGAUAUAUAAUGUAAAAUGAACCUCUUCCUUAGUGUCCAUCUUUUUAAAAAGUUGUACCCCAGGGUGAAAAAAAAGCUCCAUGGAUAAUAUGUACAAUUCCACUUAGUAAUGGCUGCUCUGUAUCCUAUGGCCUGCAUUUUGUCACCCACUUCAGUUUUACAUAGAAUUCAUCAUUCUUAUUUGCCUGCAGAUUUUUUGCAGUGCCUUGUAUAUUUAGAAUCUUUUCAGAUUUUUGCUGGAAAGAAAAGUAGUCUUCUAAAGUUUGAAGAUGGUGAAUAGUGUACUGCUGUCUCCAUGCUGACAGCAGUAGCUGGGUUAGCAUAUAUGUUAUAUAUACAUUGUGUAUAUGUAACAUGUGUAAGUUUAAGAAUACAGAAAAAAAUGAGUUUUUGCAGAGAUUAAGAAAAAUAAUGUUAUUCACAUUGCUGUGGGGUUUUAUUUCCUUUUUCCCAUUACUUAAAUGUUUGGUUUCAAUUAUAGUCACUUUGACUGUAAAUAUUGGCUAGUUUUCUAUCUAGGAUUUUCAUUCUUUCAUAUUUUUUUCUGAGUCAUAUAAUAGUGCUGGUUUUAUCCUUGCCUAAGGUACUUUUCCUCCCCAGAAAUAACUAAUGCUUGAAUAACUGAAGCUCAGAAAUUCCCUUCUUACUUAACAACGAGCCUACUAUAUAAAAAUAGGCCUUCUUGUUCAUUGGAAAAAAAAAUCACACAAACCCAUCCUACUCAUUUUCUUGUGGAAGAGAAAAAGGUCAUGUGUAACCAUUGUGCUUGUAAUGUUUAUUUGGGAAAUAGUUUAUAUGUCCAGCCACCACGUUCACUUCUUAAAGUACAAGUCUGAUGAAGAGUACUGUAUCUCCAUCUGUGGCAACGUGAGCAUCUCAUCAUGAAGUAUCUGCUGCUAUGUCUGUGAAGUUGGGUGUAACAUCAUAAGAAUAUGAAACAAGUAUUGGUGUAAAUCUAAUGAAAAUAACCCUCUGUGUAUCUGUAGCAGUCUUGAAAAUCUAUUUAAGGUAAUUUGCUGUAAUAUAACAAAUAUCCAUUCUGUUUUUCAUCCCUUCCUUGCUUCUAUCAAGCAUGAUGACAGCAAAAUUAUCUGUGAAAGUUUAAAAGGCACUUUUCCACUGGGAUUUUUGGAUUGAGUGGAGUGUUAGCUAUAGUAUAGUGGGAUGUUAGCAUCUUAGAACCCCAGGUUUAAUUCCAGUCCAGUUACUUUUGUUUAUCUACCUCGUUUUCAGUGCUGUUUUUGAUGCACAAGUAAACACUACCUGUGAAACUUGCUUUUUUUUCCUUCCUUGAUUCUCAGUACUUUUCAUUUUGAUAUUAUAAGUCUGGCUUGCCUUUUUGUCCCAGCACUCACCAUGAGUUUGCGAUGAGAGGUAUCAUCACUCUGUGGGCCAUCUGUGUGUAAGUGAUGAGAGCCAUGUGCCUAUGCGAAAUAAGCUUAGAGGAUCUGGGGAUGGAGAGCAGAGGAAUAAAUCUGACUGGUGGCAGUAUAGGACUUUGUUGUACGCAUUAGUUAUAAAAUAAACUGUUAAAAUGUACUUAAAUUAGUUCCAGUGCCUGUAACGUUGCAUUUGUUUUUUACAAGAGAUGCAUUUCUCAUCUCUGUGCCUAAAGGGCUAUGGGUUGAAAUUACUUUUAACUAUCACAGUGAACUAUUUGGCCAGUCCUCCAGCAGUGACCUGUCAUGCUAAGUAUUUGCAGUGAUAUUUUGUUAUCUUAAAAUGGCCCACUGCAUUUUAAGUUGAAUUGCUUGUAGUUUGUGAUAAGGGGUUUAUAUAACUGUUAUCCUGUCCGUAGAGUUUCUGGAGGCAUUGGCUUGCUUCUUCGCUGUAUUUUCUGAGAUAAAAAAUGAUGCAUUCCUCUUUCAACCCAAUCUUAGCAAAUGUUUGUAACCAGACAUUCCUGGUUUCACAUGUUUACUGUGUAACACUACAGCAUAGUUCAUAUUGGUAAGUACUGUAUUUCAGUCACCCUGCAUAAAUACAUUCCUGAGGUAUAUUUGCCAUCACGUUGGGAUUCAGUUACUUCAUCUUCUGUUUGUUUCAGAUAAAAUUAAGCCAUCUGAGGUGAUUUGAGGUGCAGACCAUUUUCUAGAAUCAAUUGUUUUUGAAUCUUUAUCAAGGAUUUAUUUUCUCUCCCUUUAUUUAGAAGAUGAUCUAGAAAAUGGUGUGUGUGUGUGUGUGUGUGUGUGUGUGUGUGUGUGUGUGUGUGUGUAGAAAAGGCAUUAGAUUUGGUAAAUGGAAUGUCUAUGAUUAAAAUAAAUAACCUAAUCCAGGUUAUGAAAUGGAAACAAUCAAAUGGGAAAAUAUCAUUGAAAUACAAUUAGUGUGAAAUUUGAGUGGGGCCAAGUGCUUUCAGAUCACCCCAGAAAUAGACUUUUAGUGAAGGAUGAAUAUAAAUAUUGGUUGAGAUUUUGGCCCCAACAUAUGGAUGAACUUGAAGUAGUAACUAGGUUACCCUAAAGUUAUUUUCAACCGAGUAGUAAAAGAGUAUACAAAUUAAUUCUGGAAGAUUUUCUUCUCAUUUAUAAAAAGGCUAAAAGUCAAGCAAGAAGGGAAGAGAGAAAUUAGGCUCUGAGGAAAAAAAGUGCAGUGUCAACUAAACUCUUAAAUGUGUUUGUCAUCCUUUAGUUUUAUUUGAAGUUUCACUUUGAUUUGCACUGUAAUUUAAGGUUUGAGAUUGAGAUUUGUGGUCCAGAACAUACCCUCAGCAGAUAAAGUAACUAAUCGGAAAGUGCAGUUGUUCAAGGUCUGUCAUGCUCAAUCACUUAAAGCUGUAAUUUGUUUGAUAUGAAUAUUAAGCAUGUAGACCUCGCGCAGCAUGGGAGCCACUCAGGAAGUUUAUGCAAUUAAUAAACUUUCAUACAUAAUUUACUAUGAGGUAUGCAGAAUUUCAGCCACUUCUCUACACUUAACAUUUAGUUGUAUAUGUGAACUCUCCUUUCUUAAAUGGGGAAUGUAGCAUUAUAGAGAAUGUUGUUAAACUUAAGUUUAAUCCUUUCUGACAUUAAUGUUUUCUUUUUUUUAAUUUUAAUUUUUGGGAAACCAAGUGAUCUGCCUUUCACCAAUUGUCUCAUUUUGAUUCUUUGAAACUGUGAUUUUUAUUUCAUUUGUACCCAACUGUUGUUAAGUAUUUUGUUUCCUGGAAAUUUUGUUUUGAAGCAGAAAAUAAAG